CAAGCCUAAGCAAAGCCCAACUUUCUUCUUGCUCAAUACCAUUUCCCAUCUUCCCGCAAAGACACUAGAAGCUUUUUAAUUCCGAUGGCGAAGGACGUCGAGGUGGUGGAGCAGGCCGAGCCCGCCAGGGACUACCACGACCCGCCCCCGGCGCCGCUCAUCGACGCCGAGGAGCUGACCAAGUGGUCCUUCUACAGGGCCAUCAUCGCGGAGUUCAUCGCCACGCUGCUCUUCCUGUACAUCACGGUGCUGACGGUGAUCGGGUACAAGAGCCAGACGGAUCCCGCCCACAACGGCACCGACUGCGACGGCGUCGGUAUCCUCGGUAUUGCCUGGGCCUUCGGCGGCAUGAUCUUCGUCCUUGUUUACUGCACCGCUGGCAUCUCGGGAGGGCACAUCAAUCCGGCGGUGACAUUCGGGCUGUUCUUGGCGCGCAAGGUGUCGCUCAUCCGGGCGGUGUUGUACAUGGUCGCGCAGUGCUUGGGCGCCAUCUGCGGUUGUGGGUUAGUGAAGGCCUUCCAGAAGCCGUACUACACCAGGUACGGCGGCGGCGCCAAUGAGGUGCAGCUCGGCUACAGCAAGGGGACCGCUCUAGGUGCGGAGAUCAUCGGCACUUUCGUCCUGGUCUACACCGUCUUCUCUGCCACCGACCCCAAGAGAAACGCCAGAGACUCCCAUGUCCCCGUGUUGGCACCACUUCCAAUUGGGUUUGCUGUGUUCAUGGUUCACUUGGCUACAAUCCCCGUCACCGGCACUGGCAUUAACCCGGCCAGGAGUUUCGGUGCUGCAGUCAUGUACGACAAGGACAAGGCCUGGGAUGACCAGUGGAUCUUCUGGGUUGGACCCUUCGUUGGGGCUGCAAUCGCCGCAUUCUACUAUCAGUUCGUCCUCAGAGCAGGUGCCAUCAAAGCCCUUGGAUCCUUCAGGAGCAAUGCUUAAUCAUCAGCUCCAGUACUGAGGUCUCUCAAAAAAUGAUGAAAAGGGGAAACCAUGAAAAAAGUACAAAAAGAAAAAGAAAAAGAAAAAAGAGAAUAACAGUGAAGAGGAUGAAGUCUGUAUCUUUCAGGUCCUUUGCAUGAACUCUAGCUGUUUCUUUAUCCCUUUCCUGGGUUUGAGAUUUGGCAACAUUGGGCUGCAAGGAGAAAGAGAACUGUAAAUAAAAAUUCAAUGUGGGGGGGCAAGAGUCAAGAGUCAAGAGUCAAGAGAGUGUGGUUUGGGAGUACCCAUCUUCUGGUUUUUUUUUCAAGCUUUGCUUUGUAUGUAUUUUCUUAGAGGGUGUUGCUGUCUGCUUAUGAUGUUCAAUUUCUAUUAUCCUUAUUAUCUUUUCUUCUUU